UACAGAGAAUCAGUAGAUGAUGAAUAUCAACUAUAGAAACAGCCAGUGAGAGCGCAUUAGAGACGAUUAUGUGUCGUGUGAUGCAGUGAGAUCGCCGUCUGGUCUUCAGGGGGUUAAAUUUCACUUUGAGGGGGAGUUACCGAUUCUGCAGUAACAUCAGAGCACAUUCCUCAGAGCUGCCAACAUCCCGGGAAUAAGACCUUCACCGUCAACAUCUCGGACCCAUAUCCCGGGAAUAUAGGCUACCUCCUGCACGACCGGACGCGCGUCGACUCUGUUGUCAAGCCGCGUUUUCUCUGCCGGUUCGGAGCAUGCGAGCUCCAGGAUCCGCUCAGUGUCUUAACGUAGUGCGGCACAGCUGAGCAUGGUCCACUGCUGAGUUAAGCUGUGGUGCACACACUGCAGAGAGGAGAGCAAGAGUGCUUCAACUGAUCCUGUCUUCACACUUGUUUUGCACGAGGCUGGCCUCCAAACAUGUCUGCAGAAGUGGAAUCCAGCACACCCCCGGUCGAGCAGGCACCUUUCAAGACACCCUCCAAAAAAGAAAAGAAAAAGGCUGCAGCGAGCCCAGAGAAAACAGAUGAGUUCCUCCUUGCCAGGUUCCAAGGUAAUGGAGUUCGCUACAAAGCCAAGUUGAUUGGUGUAGAUGAUGUGCCUGAAGCAAGAGGAGACAAAAUGAGCCAAGACUCCAUGAUGAAUCUAAAGAGCAAGGCGGUGGCAGCUCGCUCUCAGGGCAAACACAAGCAGAGAGUCUGGGUGAACAUUUCUCUCUCAGGAAUCACUGUUACUGAUGAGAAAACAGGGGCAACAUUACUGGAGCACGCAGUAAAUAAGAUCUCCUUCAUCGCUCGGGAUGUCACUGACAACAGAGCGUUUGGCUAUGUGUGCGGUGCGGAAGGCCAGCACCAGUUCUUCGCCAUUAAAACUGCACAGCAGGCGGAGCCUCUUGUCAUUGACCUGAAGGAUCUUUUCCAGUUAAUCUUCAAUAUGAAGAAAAAAGAAGUUGAGGGUUCAAAGAAGGAUGAAAAUAAUAAAGCAAUGGAAAAUGGCAGUGAAGGUUCACACAAUGACAGAAAAGGCGUCGAACAGCUGGACUUGUUUGGAGACAUGUCGACCCCACCUGACUUAAACUCUCCCUCGGAGUCUCAGGACAUCCUGUUGAUGGAUUUGUCCACUGAGAUAGACAGCAAUCAGAACUGUGUAAAAGGAAACCCCUUCACCUCGUCUUCUGUCCCCAGAGCCCCAUCCAGCCUCUCGCCUGAGAACCCCUUCUCUUCUCAACACAGCUUCUUCCCCGCCCCUAUCCAUGACCCGUUCAGUGACGACCCAUUUUCCAAAAGUGCCGAUCAAUCAAUCAGAGAUGACCCUGCCACAGCCAACCACAGCCCUAAUAACUUGUUUAAUGGUAGCCCUAAGAAUGGUGACUCUGACUACUUAGGCCAGCAGUUUGACCAACUCUCCAACAGGACAAUCAUCCAUGCUCUCAGUAAUGGCCAUUGGCCUUUAGAUGGCAGAGCUAGCUGGACUCAGAAUACUGUCCCAGUUCAAGAGCAGAACGGACAUGGGAAAGCAAAGCCUAAUCCGUUUGUGGGAGGUUCAGAGAAAAUGCAGCCGGUGCAGAAUGGAGUGAAACAUGAGAAUGGAGGCAUAGAGCCACCUGUCAAUCAAACCAAGGAUUCUGUCAUUAUAAGCCCACCACCACUCAACAUGAAAGCCGGGAGGGGCAGGAGGAGUGUAAAGUCCCCUUCCAAUGAAAAACCCGGGACAGAUCCAUUUGUUCCACCAAACCCAUCAGAAUCACCACCUCCUCAACCUGAGAACAGCCCUGUCAACUCUGUCAGUCUGUUCAGCAGGAGCCCUCCCUCCACUGACACGCUCGCAGCUCUCGGGUUGUCUCUACAAGUUCCACCUGCUGUCUCCACUCCUCUGUGGAAUCAGCCGCUCUCCUCCAUCUUCCCCUGCACCACCAGUGUCUCUCAGCCCUUCAAUCAAGCACCUGUCUUCUCCACUUCUCCUGCGCCUGCCUGGGGAAACAUUCCUGGAAGUUUUGGGAGUUUAACCGCUACCCAACAGCUUCCAUCAUGGGGCACCACCCAAGUAUCCAAUGGAUCCAAUGGGUCCUGGAGCCCUCAUUCAACCCUGGGGAACCCCUUCCAGACAGGCAUAUUUCCACCCAGCCUUGUGCCCGACGGACAGCAAAGCUCCAGUCCCCCUCCACUUGUUCCACCUCGGGCAGUAGCCACCAAAGAAGCUCCUAAAGUGGACAGUAAUGCUUUUGUUGAUCUGGAUCCUCUGGGAGAAAAGGAGAAGAGGGAUAUCAAGGACAUGUUUAAGGAUUUCCAGAUGGCUAAGCCACCAAACGUUCCAGCGAGGAAAGAUGAACUAAAGAUGGGAGGCCAGAACCCAUUCGACAACUCCGUUGGAAAAAAUCUGUUUGGCACAUCUGUACCUGCAACUAGUGCACCUCCCAUAAAGACAGUGGGCUUAGAUACUUUCAGAGACCCAUUUGGAAACCCAUUUGCAUGAUCUUGAUGACUUCAUAGGGUCCAAUUAUGGAUCAAACACAAAUCACUGAACAAGAAAUUAUGCAAAAUACAAUUCCAUCCCAGAUGUUUCAGCUUUAUAAUGUCGUGGUUAAGCUAAUGGAUACACAAUGACAACCGCUUUUCACAGAGCACCAUUUUUAUGUAGCUUUCCCACUAAAGUGCAUCCUGUUCAAGAGCUGGUCUCUUAGCUCUGAUGUCACAGCCAAUGUCUUACAGCCAAAUGAAGCCUGUGCAACCCUUCUUGUUUUAUGAACCAUGAUCAUGGACAGGCUAAAAAUGAUCCAUCCAGUGCUGGUCAACUGUUAAAACAUGUUUAUUGCAUUUUGUCUCUUAAUGACAACAUGAUGACAGUCAUUUGGUUUUCUGUACUAAAAGCACUUAAAAGCAAUUUUGUCAUUUUUGCAUCAGUAGACAAGUUAUUGUUGCCUUGUUUGAUCAAUUUUUCUUCAUUGCAAUAUUAUAACAUUAUAUGUUUACUUCUCCACAUUUAUCAAGAGCUUUAGGGCAUGACUGGUCACUAAUUUUAAGAAA